UCAGUCCGCGCCACAUCUCAUUAAUGAUCCCGAGCGGUGCGCGGAUCAGGAGGCUGACAAGUCCAAACUGCAGUCAGCUGAUCGAAAACUGCAACAGGUGAAACGUAGUCGAGCUGAGGAAAAAGGAAGACCGCAUUGUUUGAGGAUUCUUUUUUUUCUGCAUUGAAUAAACUCGUUCAAGACUUUCACAGUGGACGCAAACAAUAUUUAUCGGGAGGAUUAAACUUUCAGUGGACGGCAAUCUAGCGUCUCAGCCAUGGAGGUCGCAGCGGCAGAUCAGUCCCGGUGGAUGGCGCACCAUCAUGCCGUACUCAAUGGCCAACACCCGGACUCGCACCAUCACGGCCUGAGCCACAAUUACAUGGAGCCCAUGGCGCCUUUGCUGCCCCAAGAAGAAGUAGACAUGUUUCUGAAUCAUUUGGACUCUCAGGGGAACCCCUACUACACCAACUCUCGGGCCAGGGUCACCUACAGCCAAGCGCACGCUCGCCUCACUGGGAAUCAGGUCUGCCGACCACACCUCAUCCACAGCCCUGGCAUUCCUUGGCUGGACCCCGGGAAGGCAGCCCUGUCCGCCGCGCACCACCAUAACGCAUGGGCGGUGGGCCACUUCAGCAAACCCAGCCUGCACCCCACCAGCUCCGGCUAUCCUUGUAGCAGCAACACCGGCACUGCUCCGGUGUCUUCGCUCACUCCGGCCACCCACUCCAGCCCGCACCUCUACAGUUUCCCCCCCACCCCGCCGAAAGACGUGUCCCCGGACCCCGGGCCCACAUCGCCCACCUCAACGUCGACCCGAAUGGACGAGAAGGAGUCCCUCAAGUAUCAUGUGUCGUUGACGGACGGCAUGAAGAUGGAGAGCUGCAGCCCUCUGCGCGGCGGCCUGGCGUCCAUGAACGGCCAGGGCCCGGCCACGCAUCACCCGAUUCCCACGUACCCGGCCUACCCUCUGCAUACACCCCACGAUUACAGCGGCAGUCUUUUCCACCCCGGCAGCCUGCUUGGCUCGUCGUCCAGCUUCACGACGAAAUGCAAAAGCAAAGCCCGGUCGAGCUCAGAAUUAUAUGCAGAGGGCCGUGAAUGUGUAAACUGCGGUGCCACGUCCACUCCACUAUGGCGGCGGGAUGGUACCGGCCACUACCUGUGCAACGCCUGCGGACUGUACCACAAGAUGAACGGCCAGAACCGACCGCUCAUCAAGCCCAAACGCAGACUGUCCGCCGCUCGACGUGCAGGCACCUGCUGCGCUAACUGCCAGACCACCACCACCACCCUGUGGAGGCGCAAUGGGAACGGAGACCCAGUGUGCAACGCCUGCGGCCUUUACUUCAAACUGCACAACGUCAACAGACCUCUGACGAUGAAGAAAGAAGGCAUCCAGACGCGUAACCGCAAGAUGUCGAGCAAGUCCAAGAGGAACAAGCGAUCCGGCGACGGCUUGGAAGAGCUGACCAAGUGCAUGCACGACAAGGCCUCUCCCUUUGGCGCUGCCCCCGGCCUCACAAGCCACAUGACCCACAUGGGUCACUUAACCCCCUUCAGCCACUCGGGACACAUGCUGCCGACACCCACGCCCAUUCACCCUUCAUUCGGCCCCCCCCCACCACACCAACCGCUCGCCGGUUUGGGCAGAGCCCCACUGAACUUCUUUCUCUGUUUGAGCCACCGCGUUGCCACGAACAGUCAAGGCCCACCCUCCCUCACGAGAAGCCACAAACCGAGCAGACUUUUACAGCGGUCGGACCCGAGCGGCGCUCAGUCGGACUUGAUAACUGCAGUUUAGUUGGAAAACCACAAGGAGCGGGACUCUGUGAGGAGCUUGGCGUCUUCUCGCUUGUCGUUCUUUCCGCUCACUGUGGUACCCGCCUAUCCUCAGUCAUCGACGGAGGGCUCCAAAAGUUGCCCCCCCCCCCCCCCCCUUAUAUGCGCUCUCGACGCUUCAGUGCUGGAAAUGAAGGCCUGGCUGGACAUGAGCGGCAACAUGGCCAAACACACAAAGCUGUGCUCUCGUCACAUGCUGGAUUGUGCUCCAACACACUCCUUUUUAAUAAUGGCCUUUCAUGGGGAAUACAAGACAGUAAAUAGAGUGUUUAUAAAUGCUUAAUUGCUAUUAUGGUUGUUAUAUUUGAUGUUAUAAUUAUUGCUACGAUAAUUUAUUUUCACUCUUUAAGCUUUUGUCAAAGACAUAUUGGAAAGUGUUUUGAGUUUGAUUUCAUGCUGAUGACGCAAAAGGAAAACAAUGACUUAUAGAUAAAAAUUCCCCCGAGCUGUACGUUUUUAUCAUUUUUCCAUCUCACAAAAAGUGACAAAAAUAAAGUUUAAUACUUAAAAGAUA